UUUCACUCAUCACACACUUGUACUUCAGUUUGUAUGUGUAGCAGACAAAGCCAAUUACGGAGAAGGAUGGCUGUAUGGGGUAGUUGGGAUUAGGAGUCCCAGGGUGGCUGUAUGGGGUAGUUGGGAUUAGGAGUCCCAGGGCGGCUGUAUGGGGUAGUUGGGAUUAGGAGUCCCAGGGUGGCUGUAUGGGGUAGUUGGGAUUAGGAGUCCCAGGGUGGCUGUAUGGGGUAGUUGGGAUUAGGAGUCCCAGGGUGGCUGUAUGGGGUAGUUGGGAUUAGGAGUCCCAGGGUGGCUGUAUGGGGUAGUUGGGAUUAGGAGUCCCAGGGUGGCUGUAUGGGGUAGUUGGGAUUAGGAGUCCCAGGGCGGCUGUAUGCUGACGGCAAGUAGAAGUUAGCUGUUGCCCCACAUGCUCUUAACCCUCCCAUGAAAGCUGAGACGCUUUUUGUGACAUGGGUCUGCUUAGUAAUAAUAAUGUUCAUUUAGCAAUUUUCCUCUCUUCCUCUCUACUCUCAGAAGCAAUAUCACAGGUGGAAACAAUAUGGAUUUGUUAUUGGUAUUAUUGAUUCUUCAUAAUCAUUCACUAGCACCCUUGUUGUGAUCAUUGAAGUAAAUUUAUUUUAUACAAACACUAGAAGUAUGUUCUUUAUUCCUGUGUACUUUAAUCUGAUAGUUAAAAAUGUAGCUAUGACCUCUGUAGCUCUUUAAUUGGCCGUAGCAGGGUGUGUGGGUGUCAAUCAGAAGAAGGCUGAAUCCCAUAGUGAGUCAGUAAAGUCUAACAUCAACACAGUGAAGUGUUCAUAGUAACAGGGUCACAUUUUAGGUAUAGUUCUGGAGCUAUGGAUCCUUGGCUGUCAACACAAGGUAUGUUUCACUACUGCUGCUUCUGUUGCCCUGGCUGUGUGUGGUUUCAUUUUGACUGUACAUGUGUGUGUUCAUGCAUGUAUAUGUGCAUACAUGUGUGCGUAGAUAUGUCAGUAUGUGUAUAUGUGUGUGUGUGUAUAUCUGCAUGCGUGUGUGUGUGGUCCUCAGGCCGCUAUGCAGAGCUGCAGCUGGAGUUCUCGGCGGCGGUGCGUUGUGGUGCGGAGCAGAAACAGCUGAUACUGAAGCUGGAGCAGGACCUGAGCACCGUCCAAUCCCUGGCCUCCUCCGUCCGUCCGGCCAUCCAAUCCCUGGCCUCCUCCGCCCGGCCGGACGCAGAGGGCUGCGACCUCAGCUACUCCAUCCCAGAGCCCGUCAAGGAGGCCAGUGCCACCUUCACUGGUCCUCAGGGCCAGAUGGACUCCCUGCUCUCCAUCAUCUCCAGCCAGAGGGAGAGGUUCCGCACACGCAACCAGGAGCUGGAGGCUGAGGGUCGUUCCAUGCAGCAGACCAUGCUGGCCCUGCAGACAGAGCUGGACAGCAUGAGAGCAGACAACAUCAAGCUGUAUGAGAAGAUCAAGUUCCUGCAGGGCUACCCGGGGAGGGGUGGUGGCAAUGAUGACACAGUGAUGCGUUACUCCAGCCAGUAUGAAGAGAGACUAGACCCCUUCACCUCCUUCAGCAAGAGGGAACGCCAACGCAGAUACCUGAGUCUGAGCCCCUGGGAUAAAGCUACGCUCAGCCUGGGUCGGGGUAUCCUGUCUAACAAGAUGGCUAGAACCAUAGCCUUCUUCUACACCCUCUUCCUGCACUGCCUGGUCUUCCUGGUGCUGUACAAGACUGCCUGGAGUGAAAGUAUUGGUCGAGACUGCAAUGCUUUCUGUGCUAAGAAGUACUCCGAUCACCUGCACCGUUUCCAUGAGAACGGGGAUAACGGUGACAUGUGGCAGUGAUGUCAUCACCCCGUGAACAGACCUGGAGGGGAUGGAAGAAUCGAGGAUCAGUUUAACCUGUCCUGAUCUCCACCGUCAUUAUCGGGUUUAAAUGCACCGAUUCCUGCAUCAGUUUCAUGUGUUUCCUGGCAAGAUGGGCUCAGUUUCUCCUGAAUCAGUUAAUGAUACAAGCAUAAUAUAGAUGUUGCAAACUAAGAUUACGCUGUGAUGUUCCUAAUUGAUUUGACUCUUCUUUGAUGUCACUGAUUUAAAAUAUAUUUCUGGUACAAAUGAUUGAUUUAGUAGCUCAAACUGAUAUGAUUAACGUAAAGAUAAUUUAAAACUUUAAACCAAAGUUUAGGUCUUGUUAAAUGUGAUUGUUUUUGGAAUCUCAUAUAUUUUCUGUAUUUGCAAUUAUAGCGUACUAUUGAUUUUAUUCUUCAUUUCUGAUAUAAUUUCCUUACAAAUUAUAACUUCGUUCAAGUUUAUUGAUUAUGGCAGACAGGUUUUUUAUUUUUUCACUUAGGUCAGUUGGUUAAACUGUUUUAUAUUUUGUUGGAAAAGCUGUUGGAAAACAUGGUUCUCUCCUCCCCUCUCCUCCCCUCUCUUCCCCUCUCCUCCCCUCUCCUCCUCUCUCCUCCCCUCUCUUCCCCUCUCUCCUCUUCUUUCUCUUUCCUAAAAUAUGUUGGAUUUAGUCUUGGAUGUUUUCUAGAAUAUGACGGAUACACAACACACCAGUAAUAAUUUACAACUCUGUUUGAUGACAUCAGUGUGUCUUCAUAUUCUAGUCUGUUAUUUAGACCUGGACAGUUGAAUUGUGUCAUACAGGACAUUUGGAUGUAGGGUGGGGGCUGGUAGUGUGAUGAUGGAGAUGAAGUCAGUGGAUGGCAACAGAUUUAGUCUUCGACACAACGUCUUACUGAGUGUCAAAUUUGAUACGUUUCUGUACUAAACCCAGCCCAUUUCCUUGUGUACAAUUACUUUUGAAAUGUUUCUUCUCUGUAUUCUCAUUCUUAAUAAAGUAUAUGCAUUAGAAUUGUG